AUGGGGCAUAGCACAGACUCUCCAUCUAAAUCAAAACGUUUAGAUGCAGAAGAUAAGCUAUAUUCUCAAUUCUUAAAUAGUACAGAUAUCCCAAAUGAUCAAGUCAUAGAAGCCAUCUUUCUGGAACGGAAAACACAACAUGCUGAUGAUGCAAUAGAUUAUGAAGACAUUGAUGAACUCGCUGAUGAUGAACUUCCGGAAGAAGAGGAGCCAUCUACUACCAUACAACUACUGGGAGAAGGGCUAGAGGAGGAGGACGAAGAAGACUUUGAUAAGUUCCUAGAAAAUGAACAACAAGAGGCAAUAACCAUGAAUGUUGAGGAUGAGGAACAAGCACAAGCUGAUGCCGAUAAUCAAUUUGAUGAAAUGUUUGGUGCAUCUCAUGAAUUUGGUGCUGCAGGAGAUGAAAACAAUGUUCUCUUUGAUGACUUAAGUGGUGGACAAAAUUUAAUUGAUGAUAAUCAAGAUAUUAAUAUGGGUCCAAUAUUUGAAGAAAGUAAUGAAUUAGCUCAAAAGCAUAAACUUGAAUUAGAAGAAAAGAGGAAACUAAAGAAACAGAAAUUGGAAAAGAUUGUGAAACGAUUAGAGAAACAACGUCAAAAGAGAAAUAUUAAAUAUCAUUAUCCCCAAUAUUCAAAACAUAAACCCUUCAAUUUCCAUCAAUUCUUUUCUCCCCCGGCAAGAUAUUUCAGGUUUCAGACUCCUCCAAUAGCAUAUAAUAAACUAGCAAAACCGUUAGUACCUACCAAAAUAAGUCUUGAUAUUGAUAUUGAUCAAAGAAAAUUAUUCAAAUUACGAUCAAAUACUCCAGUUCAACAAUAUACACAACUAAAGAAUGUCGCUAGUAUAACUCAAGAGGAUUUGGAUUUUGUCAAUGAGUUACAAAAUAAAAAUGAAUAUGACAUAAAAGAAGUUGACUAUCUUCAAAGAGAUUGGACAAAUGAUGAUAAAUUUGAUGACUAUUCUAAAGAUUUAAUACUAGCAACAACUGAUUGGAAUGAUGAUGCUAUUUUGAAUGCAGGAGAUGGAAAAUAUUCACCAAAAUCACUCUCAGUAGAUAAGAAUAACAUCUUAGAUAUCGAACUUGAAGAAGAAGACGAUGAAAAUAUAUUCGAUGGACAUAUAAGUGAAAACUUAUUAAAGCUUGAUAUGAAUGAUCCGAAUUUAUUAUUCAUACCCAAACAAGAGUCAAAGAAAUCUAAAGCUUACGUACCGCAGAAUGAUAAGAUGUUGGAAAUGAAAUUCAAUAUCUCCAAUGAUAAUGAAUAUGAAAUGUUAAGAAAGAAUUAUAACACCAAGGUAAGAUCACAAUUAAGUAAUCUUAAUAUUGAACACUCAGUACCUGCAUUAAGAUUACAAACCCCAUACUAUAAAGUCAAACUAUCUGCAGAAGAGGCAAGAUCGUUUCAUAGACCUAUUUUCAAUAUUCGUCCAGGUACUUUGGUAACCUUUUCAAAACUUAAAUUAAGAAAAAAGAAGAAAGAUAGAGGAAAGGCUUUGCAGGAUAUAUUCAAAAAGACUACAGAUUUAACCACCGCAGAUACUGCUAACAUAGUAGCCAUGGAAUAUUCCGAACAAUAUCCUCAAAUAUUAUCCAAUUACGGUAUGGGUUCUAAAUUGAUUAACUAUUAUAGAAAGGAAAGACCCGAUGAUUCUUCUAGACCAAAAGCCCAAGUUGGAGAAACUCAUGUAUUGGGUGUAGAAGAUCGUUCUCCAUUCUGGAAUUAUGGAGAAGUCGCAGCUGGUGAUUUUGUUCCUACUUUAUAUAACAACAUGAUUCGAGCUCCAAUAUUCAAGCAUGAACCCAAGAAUACCGAUUUCUUAUUGAUUAGAUCCCAAGGGGCAGGUUCACAUCAGAAAUUCUAUUUAAGACAGGUGAAUUUUGCCUUUGCAGUAGGGAAUACAUUCCCGGUUGCGGAAGUUCCCGCUCCGCAUUCAAGAAAAGUCACAAACACAUCUAAGAAUAGAUUGAAGAUGAUUGUAUUCCGUGUGAUGAAUAAUAAAGGAAUAGCCCGUAUUUCAGUGAAGGAUGUCUCCAAACAUUUCCCCGAUCAAAAUGAUAUGCAAAACAGACAAAGAUUGAAGGAAUUUAUGGAAUAUCAAAGACAUGGAGAAGAUCAAGGUUUUUGGAAAAUGAAAGGUGGUGGAACUCAAUUACCCACUGAAGAUGAAAUCAGAACGAUGAUUACUCCGGAAGAUUCUGCUUUGAUGGAUACCAUGCAAUAUGGUCAACAGAUUUUGGAUGAUGCUAUGACGUUAUUUGCUGAUGAGGCUGCCAAGAAUGACGAGAAGAAGAAGGAAGAAGGCGGAAAGCAUAAGAAAGAAAAGGAGAAGAAAUCGGCUAGCACUGCUGGAGAUGAGGAUGAAAAGGAAGAGAACGAAGACGGAAAGAAAAAGGAAAAGGAAAAGGAAAAGACUAAGAAAGCAAAAGAUGCUGAUAGUGAGAUUGAUCUUGAUGAUGAAACUGCUCCUUGGAAUUUAACAAAAAAUUUCAUUGUUGCCAACCAGACAAAAUCUAUGUUGCAAUUAAACGGAGAAGGGGAUCCAUCAGGAAUUGGGUUAGGUUAUUCGUUAUUGAGAGCCACCCAAAAGAAUGGAUUUAAACCAUUAUUCCCCCGUCCACCGGAAAAUAUUCCAAAGAGUAACACAGCUUCUCAUCAGCAAAAAUUAUACGAAGAAGAAGUUAAGAGAAUAUGGUAUUCUCAAAGAACUUCCUUGGUUGAUCAUGGGCCUGAUUUUAAUUUGCAAGCGAUUUAUAAUGAAUAUAAACCAGUAAAUCAUGAGAAAUUCGUCAAGAAUAAAUUGGAGCAAGAUGUUUCCAAGAAUCCAGAAGAACCUAAGAUUUUAAGAAUCACAAGAAGAGUCAGAGAUGAAAAUGGAAUCUUGCAAAGAAAAGUCGAAACCCUUACUGAUCCUCGUUUAAUCAAAGCAUAUGUCAAACGUAAGAAGGAUAUUGAAGAUGAAUUAUUGAAGAAUGCAGAUGUCGGUGAUAUCUUACCUACCAAUGAUAAAGAAUUGAAUAAGAUUCGUCGUAAAGCGUUAGAAGAAAAAUUAGCAAACUUAGAAAAGCGUGCUAAACAAUCAAAAGCCAAGAAACCACCGAAGGAUCUGAUUCAUGCUGCCGCUGCCGCAGGUGGAACCAUUAUCGAUGCCAAUACUGUCAGAUUGCCCGAUGGAUCAUAUGCAAUUGGUGGGAAAGGUAUUGGUAAAGGAAAGAGUAGAACCCGUCGUUGUGCUUCAUGUGGUGCAUUUGGACAUAUUAAAACAAAUAAAGCUUGUCCAUUGUAUAGUCAAAUGAUUGCUGGGUUGUUACCACCAAAGAAUGGUUCAAGUAGUAGUCCAGUACAAAGCUCGGGUGCAUCGGUUUCUUCUCCUGCGGUUAGUGCUGUCCCCAGCGCAUCAGGUUCUGCACCUGGUAGUGCUACAUAG